GGUGGGCGCUCCUCCCGGACUUAGGAAGGCUUCCACCGCGGACAACGCAGACCAGCCCGCGCCGAGGGCCGCGGAGAGAGGAUGCGGGCGCCCAUCGCAGAGCCCAACCCCGGAGACCUGAUUGAGAUCUUCCGCCCCUUCUACCGACACUGGGCCAUCUACGUGGGGGAUGGAUACGUGGUGCACCUGGCCCCCCCAAGUGAAAUCGCGGGAGCAGGGGCGGCCAGCCUCAUGUCCGCCCUGACCGACAAGGCCAUAGUGAAGAAGGAGCUGCUGUACUUUGUGGCCGGCAAAGACAAGUACCACGUCAACAACAAGCACGACCAGAAGUACGCCCCGCUGCCACCCAGCAAGAUCGUGCAGCGGGCGGAGGAGCUGGUGGGGCAGGAGAUGCUUUACAAGCUGACCAGCGAGAACUGCGAGCACUUUGUGAACGAGCUGCGCUACGGGGUCCCCCGCAGCGACCAGGUCAGAGAUGCCAUCAUGGCGGCGGGCAUCGCAGGAGUGGGCUUGGCAGCCGUGGGCCUCAUUGGAGCCGUGAUCUCAAGAAACAAGCGACAGAAGCAAUAAGUGGAAGGGACCAUCCUGCCAGCCAUUACUUUACUAACAUAACGGGAUCUUGUUUGGCUAGAGGUUUUGAGGUUUGGUUUAGGGAUUUCCUUCUGUUUUUCUAACAAGGCGUAUUUUCACAGAAUUAAAUAAAGCAUAAUGACGGAGGAUUUUAUUGGGGAAAAUGCA